UCCUUACCACAGCUCUUUCUGGUUAAACAUUAAAAAUUAGUCAAUUACAUAGUUUAAAAAAAUGCAAGUAUAAGCAGAUUAAACUCAUGCUUGAAACACAAGAAUUUAUCAAAGACAAGCGCAGCUGUAUAACGCGAUAAUCUCUAGCAUUCCAGCCUUAUUUGGAAAUCAACGAUUGCAUCGUUGCAGUUGACAGCUGGAAGCAACGACCGUUGGUUAUAGUUUUGUACUUCAUGUGCCACCGUUACGUUGUUAUUGUAUGUAUUGUACAAAGCAAUCUGCAGCGUUGACAUAAUCGGUUAACAUAAUACAUAAUUGGAAACUUUAUUACUAUAUAUUCUAAAAGAAUCAAAUUUAAUCGAUUGGGAUAUGAAUUUGUAAAUGUCAUUCUAAAUCACAAAAUGCGAAGUUUCUUGCACGAUGAUGGACUGUAUUACCAUAUUCAACAGCGCUUGCAUAGCGUGCGUCUGGUGUAUCCUCUUUUCGGUAUGUUUCCCCAGAUUCUCGAAGAAUCUCAGAAAAGUGGAUUCGAGCGAGUGUUGCGUGCGUAGAAGGCAGACGCAGAAACACGGAAGAGUACGUUCGCACGAUCCGAGAUGCGUGAGAAAUGGUUUACAAUCAGUUCAUCCGCGACGGAGACUCAAGGAUUCCCCUUGCUUCGAACGUAAUCGUGAAGAUCAACAAAAAUGUCGAUCGUGCCGUAAAAGGGAAAAAAUAUGCGUUCGAUCAGGAGAAUGUCGAAACGUACGUCUGUGCACGGAAAAGAACAGGGAAACGUCACGAAUAUGUAACAGACUAGCCGAACAUUCGAAUAGUUACAAGUCGGAUGAUUCUUUGAAUAAGAAGAAUAACACAGAUACAGAUUUGAAAGCCGAAAAGAGCGAUUAUAGUGUUUGUAAAAGAUCUUGAGAUAAAAAUUCAAGAAUUCGGCGUCAAGAAUUUAAAAUAAAUGUGGAAUGUGAAAAUUAAAUAAAAAUAUUGGACGAUAAUGAAGACUGUAUAUUCAAGGAUUCUUUCAGCGAUAAAACCAAUGUUGAUUAAGUCAGAGGAACGUAUAUCUUCAGUCCGUGUUCAUUAAGAAAAGCUAUUUGCUUGCGCAUAUUUAUACAAGUUUUCUUAAAAUAAACUUGAAUAAUAAAUAAGA